AUAAUUUAAUAAUGUAUGAUAUAUGCAGGGUGCUAUCACAAAGAGGAUGACAGCCAUUGAAGAAAUGGCAGGCAUGGAUGUUCUUUGUAGUGACAAGACUGGGACUUUAACACUAAAUAAGCUUACGGUCGACAAAAAUCUUGUCGAGGUUUUCGCAAAAGGAGUGGACCCGGAUACUGUUGUUUUGAUGGCAGCUCGAGCUUCAAGACUUGAGAAUCAAGACGCCAUAGAUACUGCCAUUGUUGGGAUGCUGGCUGAUCCAAAGGAGGCACGUGCUGGUAUACAAGAAGUGCAUUUUCUUCCUUUCAAUCCAACUGAUAAGAGGACUACAUUGACCUAUAUUGAUCAAGAUGGUAAAAUGUAUAGAGUAAGCAAAGGUGCACCCGAACAGAUCCUACACUUUGCCCACAACAAAUCAGACAUCAAACGCAGAGUUCAUGCAGUGAUUGAUAAGUUCGCAGAGCGCGGUCUGCGAUCUCUUGCUGUAGCAUACCAGGAAGUUUCCGAUGGAAGGAAAGAAAGUGCUGGAGGCCCAUGGCAGUUUAUUGGCCUUAUUCCCCUCUUUGACCCACCUAGGCAUGAUAGUGCCGAAACAAUACGGAGGGCACUAAAUCUCAGAGUAAAUGUCAAAAUGAUUAUAGGUGAUCAACUAGUUAUAAGAAAGGAAACAGGAUGACGCUUGGGAAUGGGUACCAAUAUGUAAUCUUGUUUAUUUGAACAGGACAAGGAUGAAUUCAUUGCUGACUUGCCUAUUGAUGAACUAAUCGAAAAAGCAGAUGGAUUUGUUGGUGUAUUUCCUGAACACAAGUAUGAGAUUGUGAAGCGUUUGCAAGUGAGGAAACAUAUAUGUGGAAUGACUGGUGAUGGAGUGAAUGAUGCACCUGCUCUAAAGAAGGCAGACAUUGGUAUAGCUGUCGCCAAUGCCACGGAUGCUGCUCGUAGUGCAUCUGAUAUUGUUUUAACAGAACCUGGUCUUAGUGUUAUCAUAAGUGCUUGCUAGUUUUUUUGUUCAAGG